CACACUGCGCAUGCGUUCUGUUUUAUAAAUAGAGAUAUAAAAGUGCAUAUUCACUCUGUGCAUAAAACCGAUAAAUACUCUGUAUUGAAAUAAAAGCCGCAAUAUGAUGAAUAACUCACAAAGUUAGAAACUAUUCUUGAGCUGGAAAUGACGUGGACUGAACUAUCAGUUAAGUAGCGAAAGGAACGGCAGGAAAUGGGCAAGGCGACCGGGACCGGGACUCGGACUCCCCGCACGGAUUCCGGCUGGGCCUGGGUCGUCGACUUCGGCGCGUUUCUGGCAUACUUCACGACCACCGGAUACACUUCGUCGCUGAGUGUUUACUUGACCAUCUGGAUGGACUAUUUCGACGCCAGUGCUGUCACUGCAGGCUUGGUUAUAUCCAUGACGACUCUGAUGACAGGAAUUAUGGGUCCCUUUUCAGGUGCACUCUGCACUAAGUUUGGUCCACGUGUUGUUACGAUGGUGGGCGGAGUUUUAUUCGUGGCUGGCGCGGUGAUGUCAUCUCAAGCGACAUCAAUAGUAUUCCUUAUCUUCAGCAAUGGAUUCGUAUUAGCCAUGGGUAGCAGUAUGUCGUUUGUAGCACCAGUCCACGCAUUGGGAUUGUACUUCGAGAAGCGGUUUGCCUUUGCUGUUGGUCUAGCCUCAGCGGGUUUCAGUGCAGGUCAACUUGUCUUCCCGCCGUUGGUCUCCUACCUGAUCGACAUUUACGGCUGGGAGGGUUCACUCUUGGUUACAGCAGCAAUAAAUCUGCAUAUUCUUGCAGCAGGGGCGGUCAUGCGACCCACGGUCAGGAAGUCAAGAAAGAAAAAACGACGCCAUGUCGAAGUGCAGAACGGACCGGCCCAAUUGAAUGGAAGUGUCUCCACAUUGGAAAAUGAGACAGAGAACGGCCGUGGUAUCAGAGACAGUGAUAUUGCUGAGCGGCACAGAGACAUCUCUGUCCCGGAUGAAGACGAAAUCGAAGAGAUUGAAGUUAACGAUGUUACCAUGAUCCUAGUUAAAAACUGUCCAGGUCAUGUGGCAUCAGCCUUCUCUGACCCGCCCGAGUCAUCAACAGUACUGAGUUGUAUCUCUCGGAUCAAACACUUCCUGCUCCACACGUACGGACUUGGUCGAUUGGUCCGCAACACAUCCUUCGUCUUAACGAUGGUUGUAGCUUUCCUUCACGGCUUUGGCAGGCUCGGCAUCGUCUACAUCGUUCCUCGAGCUGAAUCGGUGGGGAUCGAUCUCGACAUCUCCGCCUUCUUGCUGUCAAUUUUUGGCAUUGGAAGUUUCGUUGGCCGCAUUGGCCACGGUUGGUUCAUCGAUAAGAGGUACAUCACCGGCGAAAUGGCCUACGCCUUGGGUCUGUUUGUCUUCUGUGUAACGGUCUCCUUGAUGCCCGCUUUUGUUGACUUCAUUCCGCUGGCGAUCCUGGCCUUGCUGUUGGGAGCCGUGGCGGGAACAGCGUCGUCUCUGGUGAUGGUCAUCGUACGUGCCCAGGUACAUCUAUCAGAUGCCGCAGAAGCCUUGGGAAUUAUGCUGCUCUUCAGUUCCGUUGGAAAUGUCCUGGGUAUCCUCGUGUCAGGCGUAGCAUACGACAACACCGAGCAGUACGACAUUGCUUUCUUCGUAGCUGGGGGCAUUCUUCUGAUUGCGUCACUCCUCUGUGUGGUCGUUCAUUUCCUGCAGAAAGCAAAGCGCUCAAAAAGCCGCGUGUAUCUUCCCACGGCAUUCUACGUUAAGUUGCCCAUGAAGACCACCGCAGAUAACGAGGAACAGGCUGAAGCUUCAGUCACGAUUGAGCAUGCUUCCAAUUUGGAUGGUUUGUACAAUGAUGACGCAGGAAUAAGUAAUCCUCUGUUCAUGUUGGGGCUGAGUGGAGUCUCAACAUCAGACGAGGAUGUUGCAAGAACUAGCAACGAGGACCAUGAGCAACCUCUUGAGCCAAUGGAAGAGAAUAACUCGAUAAGGCACAGAUUAGGUCAGAAAGUUGAUGAUGAAAUGGGAGGUAUAGAAAAUCCAUUGGCAGUCGACCAGUUGGAUGAGCUUGUUGGUGCCACAGAAACAGACGAGAACACAUUAAGUAGCGAAAGGAACGGCAGGAAAAUGGGCAAGGCGACUGGGACCGGGACUCGGACACCCCGCACGGAUUCCGGCUGGGCAUGGGUCGUCGACUUCGGCGCGUUUCUGGCAUACUUCACGUCCAUCGGAUACACUUCGUCGCUGAGUGUUUACUUGACCAUCUGGAUGGACUAUUUCGACGCCAGUGCUGUCACUGCAGGCUUGGUUAUAUCCAUGACGACUCUGAUGGCAGGAAUUAUGGCCAUGGGUAGCAGUAUGUCGUUUGUAGCACCAGUCCACGCAUUGGGGAUGUACUUCAAGAAUCGGUUUGCCUUUGCUGUUGGUCUAGCCUCAGCGGGUUUCAGUGCAGGUCAACUUGUCUUCCCGCCGUUGGUCUCUUACCUGAUCGACAUUUACGGCUGGGAGGGUUCAGUCUUGGUUACAGCAGCAAUAAAUCUGCAUCUUCUUGCAGCAGGGGCGGUCAUGCGACCCACGGUCAGGAAGUCAAGAAAGAAAAAACGACGCAAUGCCGUAGUGCAGAACGGACCGGCCCAAUUGAAUGAAAUUGUCUCUACAUUGGAAAAUGACACAGAGAACGGCCGUGGUAUCAGAGACAGUGAUAGUGCUGAGAGGCACAGAGACAUCUCUGUUCCGGAUGAAGACGAAAUCGAAGAGAUUGAAGUUAACGAUGUCACCAUGAUCCUAGUUAAAAACUGUCCAGGGCAUGUGGCAUCAGCCUUCUUUGACCCGCCAGAGUCAUCAACAGUACACUUCCUGAGUUGUGUCUCUCGCCUCAAACACUUCCUGCUCCACACGUACGGACUUGGUCGAUUGGUGCGCAACACGUCCUUCGUCUUAACGAUGGUUGUAGCUUUCCUGCACGGCUUUGGCAGGCUCGGCAUCGUCUACAUCGUUCCUCAAGCUGAAUCGGUGGGGAUCGAUCUCGACAUCUCCGCCUUCUUGCUGUCAAUGUUUGGAAUUGGAAGCCUCGUGGGCCGCAUUGGCCACGGUUGGUUCAUCGAUAAGAGGUACAUCACCGGCGAAAUGGCCUACGCCUUGGGUCUGUUUGGCUUCUGUGUAACGGUCUCCUUGAUGCCCGCUUUUGUUGACUUCAUUCCGCUGGUGAUCCUGGCCUUGCUCUUGGGAGCCGUGGCGGGAAUGUCCUCGUCUCUGGUGAUGGUCAUCGUACGUGCUCAGGUACAUCAAUCGGAUGCUGCAGAAGCCUUGGGAAUUAUGCUGCUCUUCAAUUGUGUUGGAAAUGUCUUGGGCAUCCUCGUGUCAGGCGUAGCAUACGACAACACCGAGCAGUACGACAUUGCUUUCUUCGUAGCUGGGGGCAUUCUUCUGAUUGCGUCACUCCUCUGUGUGGUAGUUUAUUUCCUUCAGAAAGCAAAGCGCUCAAAAAGCCGCGUGUAUCUUCCCACGGCCUUCUACGUUAAGUUGCCCAGAAAGACCACCGCAGAUAACAAGGAACAGGCUGAAGCUUCAGUCACGAUUGAGCAUGCUUCCAAUUUGGAUGGUUUGUACAAUGAUGACGCAGGAAUAACUAAUCCCCUGUUCAUGUUGGGGCUGAGUGCAGUCUCAACAUCAGACGAGGAUGAUGCAAGAACUAGCAACGAGGACCAUGAGCAACCUCUUGAGCUGAUGGAAGAAAAUAACUCGAUAAGGCACAGAUUAGUUUGUAGAGAAGAGGAUGAUGAAAUAGGAGGCAUAGAAAAUCCAUCGGCAUUCUACCAGUUGGAUGAGCUUGUUGGUGCUACCGUCACAGACGAAAACGAAAACACAUAUUUUUAAGUCGCAAUGAAAAUAGCAUAUAAACAAUUUUCAUUCAACACCAAUAAAAAGACAUAUGAAUGUGGUUUUUAUCUUCAAUUCAAAAAUACGUAAGACAGUUUACCCAUUCAUAUUGGUCGAAAGCCUGUCACCUGAUGGUAAAACACUGGCUGGUUGGUCUUAAAGGCUUUUCCGGUAUCACAUGAAAUUUUGACUCCAAAUGAAGACUGUACGGUCUCUAAAAUGUUUAGCUUUGUAGAAGUUGAACGUUUAGAAUCUUCACUUUAGGCAUGCCCAAUACUUCUAAAGAGCCCGUAUUUCGAGAGUCCAAAAUUCACACUACACCGGCACCGCCACGCGCAAGCCAAAGAAAGAGUUGUUUACGACUACUUGCGACAGGCACAUACCAUAACAUGGCUAAUGUGGUGUUUCGAAAAACAUGAAGUAUCGAACAAAAUCGUUGCAAAUUAGUUAUUUUUUACUGGAUUUGACUUUUUUUACCGAAAAGGAAUUUAUGAAUGGAAUUUGGCUCGGGCCAUUAUCAGCAUCCAUUCUCCAAGCCGGUCCUAUAAACCGACUUGUUUAAAACUGGCCAAGCACGAUGCACAUAUUUAUUCCCUGAAUUCCCUUUAUUCCCUUCAAUUCAUUAGCAAAAAUUGGGGUCACAGAUUCUUAAAUGCGUCCUGGGUUUUUGCAGUUAUCUUCAAGUUAAUAUUUGUUCUAUUUUAAAGGGUAUAGUUUCCGUAAUUGGUCAACUAAAAUGAUAAUAAAAACCUUACGUACCCAAAGAAAUAAAAACCGCAAACAAAAGAAAGAAAA